GCUGCAGUGCAGUGAAAGCGGAGCUGCUGGAGGAGGCCUCGCCGGCUGGGGAGGAGGAGGACAGGGAGAGAAGAAGAAGGAAGACCUGGGAGCGCAAAAUCAAAAAAGGGUCCAGGCCUGGGACUGGCAAAGGGUAGGAAGAGGACCCGAGGGGGACAGACAUAACGGCUUCAGACACUGCACAUUUUCUUUUUUGUUUUAUUUCUGAUGUUUAUUUUGCAAAACUGACAUUAUAUGAUGCCGUCCAAUGCCGCCCCUGCCACUGCUGUUGCUGUCACUGCCACAGCCACUACAGUUUCCACCACAACCACCAUAACAGCCGCUACAUCCAGCUGUCCUGCUUUGGAACAAGAAGUAAUAGAAAUCGUGAAGACAACUGCAUUAAUACUGCCGUCAGAGUUCAGCUUAGUGCAGCAGAAUGGAGGAAAUUUGGCAUUAGGAUCCCAAACUCAACAGCAGCAAAAGGAAGGGGCACCGCAAGCAGCCACAGAUAACUAUCAAAAGAUGCAGAAUGAAGGGGAACAUAAGGAUGAAAGGAACAAGGAAGAAAAGAAACAAGGCAAUGGGACUGUAGUGAAGAAACUGGGAAGACCUGGUCGAAAGCGCAAGCACCCUUUGGUUGGAAGCAACACGGCAUUAAGGGUUGGUUCUGUUGACCCAAAGUGCCAUUUUCCCCAGGAGUGCAAUCUCUCAGAGCAGAUGUCUAAUGGAAACUUGAGCAGCAAUCAGAAAGUAGCAGGCAAUAUUCAGCAGAAUGCCUUCAGGAAUGUUCAGGGAAACUGUUUUUCUGCAGAACUGAAUCCCAAAGGCUGCAAACAUGUGGCUAUGGAUAUACUAGACUCAGAAAAUGGUGAUAUGGACAAAUCCAUGGAAAAUGGCUGCUGCAGUCCAAGGGAUGGGGAGGAUUCUCCCAGUGGAGAGAGUGAAAAUGUUGCACCCACUCCUAAGAAGAAAAGAGGAAGACGGAAACUGUCAGAGAAAAAGGAGCAAAGCAUAGAAGAUAAAGAUGACUCAAGUUCAGACUCUCUUAAAUCUGAACAGGGAUCGCGAGGCCGGCUGCGUGGAACCAUAGGCUGGGAAACUAGCUUGCGUCCAAGACCUGUGCCAAGAAUGACCUUCCAAGCCGGGGACCCAUAUUAUGUCAGUAAGAGAAAGCGAGAAGAAUGGUUAGCUAGAUGGAAAAAGGAGGCAGAGAAGAGAGCACGUGUUGCAGUGAUGAACCUGCCAGAAGAACACUCCAUUUCCGAAAUCCAAAAGGAAGAGGCAGCAAGUCCCCCUAGCCCACAGCAGCUAACAGACCCAGCAUCUCCCAUUAUGGCCACAACUCCUGAUCCAGUUGUAGUUGAAAUGAUGGACAAGAGUACUUCUAAAUCAAUGGAUGAUGACUCUGAGUAUGAGGAUGGCCGUGGCUUUGGUAUUGGUGAACUAGUAUGGGGUAAGCUCCGUGGAUUUUCUUGGUGGCCUGGACGGAUUGUUUCAUGGUGGAUGACAGGUCGAAGUAGGGCUGCUGAGGGAAACAGAUGGGUUAUGUGGUUUGGAGAUGGCAAAUUUUCAGUGGUCUGCAUAGAAAAGCUGCUUCCUCUGAGCUCCUUCUCAAAUGCCUUUCACCAGGCAACCUAUAACAAACAGCCUAUGUACAGAAAAGCCAUUUAUGAAGUCCUUCAGGUGGCAAGUAGUAGAGCAGGAAAGAUCUUCCCAUCUUGCCCAGUUACUGAUGACAUUGAAACUUCCAAAGCAGUGGAUAUCCAGAACAAACAGAUGAUUGAAUGGGCUUUGGGAGGAUUCCAGCCAACAGGACCAAAAGGACUGGAACCACCUGAAGAGGAACGUAACCCGUACAAGGAAGUUUACCCAGAAAUGUGGAUGGAACCUGAAGCCGCAGCUUACACCCCAGCUCCUCCAGUCAAAAAGCCAAGGAAAACAGCAGAGAAAUCCAAGAUCAAGGAAAUAGUAGAUGAAAGAACAAGAGAAAGACUCAUUUAUGAAGUUAGACAGAAAUGCAGAAAUAUUGAAGAUAUAUGCAUUUCAUGUGGAAGUUUAAAUGUAUCUCUGGAACAUCCACUCUUCACUGGGGGCAUGUGCCAAAACUGCAAGAAUUGCUUCCUGGAGUGUGCAUACCAGUAUGAUGAUGAUGGCUACCAGUCAUACUGCACAAUCUGCUGCGGUGGGAGGGAGGUGCUAAUGUGUGGAAACAAUAACUGCUGCAGGUGCUUUUGUGUGGAAUGUGUUGAUUUAUUAGUUGGCCCAGGUGCAGCACAAGCAGCCAUAAAAGAAGACCCCUGGAACUGUUACAUGUGUAGUCCAAAAGGGCUUUAUGGACUACUAAGAAGGCGUGAGGACUGGCCAUCUCGUCUUCAGAUGUUUUUUGCAAAUAAUCACGACCAGGAAUUUGAUCCACCAAAGGUUUAUCCCCCUGUUCCAGCAGAGAAGAGGAAGCCAAUUAGAGUACUUUCUUUAUUUGACGGUAUUGCCACAGGACUUCUAGUACUAAAAGACCUUGGAAUCCAGGUAGACAGUUAUAUUGCUUCAGAGGUCUGUGAGGAUUCGAUAUGUGUAGGAAUGGUUCGACAUCAAGGGAAGAUCAUGUAUGUCGGGGACAUCAGAAAUAUCACCAGGAAACAUAUAGAUGAAUGGGGUCCUUUUGACCUGGUGAUUGGAGGCAGUCCCUGCAAUGACUUGUCUAUUGUUAAUCCUGCAAGGAAGGGCUUAUAUGAAGGAACUGGUCGCUUGUUUUUUGAGUUUUACCGUCUUCUCCAUGAAGCCAAACCAAAGGAAGGUGAUGAUCGGCCGUUUUUCUGGUUGUUUGAAAAUGUAGUGGCCAUGGGUGUCAGUGACAAGAGAGACAUCUCUCGAUUUCUUGAGUGCAACCCUGUAAUGAUUGAUGCUAAGGAGGUGUCAGCUGCACACCGAGCCCGAUAUUUCUGGGGUAAUCUUCCCGGUAUGAACAGGUUGGUGAGAAAUUGGCCUCUUGCAGCUAUGGCAAAUGACAAACUUGAACUUCAGGAUUGCUUGGAGCAUGGCAGGACAGCAAAGUUCAGCAAAGUACGGACCAUCACAACUAGGUCUAAUUCUAUAAAGCAGGGUAAAGACCAGCAUUUUCCAGUUUACAUGAAUGAGAAGGAAGACAUUCUUUGGUGCCCUGAAAUGGAACGGGUAUUUGGAUUUCCUGUCCAUUACACAGAUGUGUCUAACAUGAGCCGCCUUGCCAGACAAAGACUCCUGGGAAGGUCUUGGAGUGUGCCUGUCAUCCGUCACCUGUUUGCACCAUUGAAGGAGUAUUUUGCCUGUGUUUAGAUAGUAAAUGACACCAAGGAACUUUUAAUGGAACAAAGAAAUAUAUAUCAAGGAAAGAAAUGAAAAGAAAUUUGAUACCCAGCUCUUCAAGAAAGACAUAAAACAAAGAAUUACAUUCAAGUAGAUGUUUUACGCAAUUUGUUGUAUUUUAAAUGUCAACCUUUUAUCCUAUUUAAUUUUUUUGUAAAAGUUUGUGUUAAUUUUCAGCUAUUUUAUCUGGGGAUUUCCUUUUGUAAAUGUUUUUUGUUCUUUUUUUUUGUGUUUUCAAGCUGUACUUUUGAGACAAGGCUUUUACAAUCUUUAGAGGUGCUGUAAAACAAGACAGUAGUAAAGAAAGGGAGACAGAAAAAAAAUGUUUACUUUUUUUGUCUUGCGCCUGGUCAGAAGGGAGAACAAGCAAGGACAGUCAUGAAGAGAGACUGACACCAAGCUUGCUACUUACUUCCUGCGCCUUAUUUUACCAGCACCAUUACUGGUAAUUCUAGCAAAAAAGGAGUAAACACAUGACACAACCUACUCUUUCACAGUAUUCCAGGUGCCUGCAGAAAGGAAACCUUGAAGAAACCAGUUCAGAAGCCGCAGUUACCUCUCACUUACAGUUUGUAUAAAGAAGGUACUACUGUACAACAACUUCAUAAUGGUGCUUUAUAAUUAGAUGAUUAAAAACAUCAGCUUCCAUGUUGCCUUACAAUGCAGUUGUAGGAAGUUUUUUUUUUUUUUAAAGCAAGCUAAGUAGGAAACAGAGUGCUUAUCUUUUUUAAAAGUACAAGUGUAGAGAAAGAGGCUUAUUGGCAUGACUUCUGUGUGGAAUAAAUAAUGCAAUAAUGUCUUCAUUCUCAGAAGAAGUUAUAUUGAGGGGGAAUUUGCCAUAAUUCUCAACUAUUUUGUAUCAUGUUUUUAUACAAAUCACAGUGGUGCUUAUUGCCUGUGAAGAGUUUUCUCUUUUCACUUCUGGUGGCCUGGGGGUCCAGCAGUGGCACAAGAGUCAGUCAACAGUGUAGCGAUGUUUUUGGUCAUCUCCCAGAUUUCUCAGAUUCAUAGGCUGCAGUUUUAUAUUGAGGGGCUGAGGCUGUAUUUUUACAUCUCCUUUGAUUUAUUUUUGGAGGAGGCUGUUUUUUGUACCAGGCACACGAUCCUCCUCCUUUUCAGUACUAUAUACAAUCAGGUACAACACUGUGCAGCUUGACAUUACAGUUCUGACUUGCAGUUAUCAUGUUUCUUUUUCUAUAAAUUACUGUUAUUUAUCCAAAAAUUUGGGUUCUGUUUAUAAUGUGAACUUUGGUUUUUCCUAGUACUUGAUGAAACUAGGGCUGUGCCACCUAGCUAAAAGAAAAUAAUUAAAAUAUGCCCACCUUAAAUACAUAUAUAUAUCUAUAUGUACAUUUUAAAGAUUGUCUUAAAGUAAAGAAAAAUAUGUAGUCAUAUAUGUUAAAUGGUAGGUGAACCACGCACACAUAAGAAAAAUCUAAAAUGUACUUCCAGUGCCUCUCAUUUCUGAUUUAGCUAGGUUUUUAUUUUAGUCAUCUGAGAGAAUGUCUCAUUUAUAUGGCCAUGAGCACUGGUGUCAUGCUUUGAACUGCUCAAACGUCACUGCACUGGGUGUUUAGAAAUUCAUUUGUGGAGGGUCCUCAUCUCAAAAGUGUUCUGCCAAGGCACAAAGUAGAAACACUCUUCUGAGAAAAGGUACUCAACCAAAGCUUCCACAGGAGGACAAAAACAGCCCCAAGGUGUGCAGCCAGUACAAGUAAUUCCACACCAGUUCAGUCUCCUGGUGAAACUGGGCUGUUACUUACCAGCACAGUGGUUCAAAAUAAGCUCAGCAUCACACUGGCUCUUGUUAAUUGAGCCCCCAUGAGACGGCAUGCAUACAGAUACUAGAGUAAAGACAGUAAUAAAUAAGUAAUCAUAAAGGAGUAUCUUGUAAAUGCAUGAACAAAGGGAAUGCAUAGGACUGAUGGACUGUUUUGUUCACUAAUCUUUUAAUCUGUGAAAAUACUUAACAGUGUAACUUGUUGGGUACUGAGAAAAAUGCAUUUUGAUUACAUUAUCCACUACACUUCCAAAGGGACAAAACAGCUAAGCUUAGGAGUUUUAUCCAUGCACUUUCCUGUUUUCCAUCUGUCCUUUUAAGAAUGGUGCUAGGGAAGCAGUGGUAACCUUUUCUUCCCAUUUGGUGCUGCAGCAGUUCCAGCUCCACUCCUGCCCCUUCCAAUGAAAACACACAGCUUACCAGAGUGGAACAUUGCUGGCCAUUGAAAAUCCAAAGGUCUGUCUAUGUGCCUGAUUUUUUGUUGUUUAUAUAUAUAUAUAUAUAUAUAUAUAUAAAACCAAGCAUAUAUCAUAGCGACACACACACACACACACACACACACACAUGAACAUAUUAUUGUAAAUCCAUUAAGGUGAUUAACCUUGCCAAGAACUUAUGGGGUUUGCUUGAUCACUCCAUAGUUCACCUGCAUUAUGAAAUAAUGUGCUAAGGGGAGCAAUACAGUGGUGGUCCAAAAUAUUGGGAACCCUUUAAACAUGUGGUUGUAUAGUCUUGCAUCACAAAUGGGCAGACUGGAACCUUUUCAUGUUCAAUGCCUGAAGCAGAAAAGGAAUGGUUCACCUGUUAUUAAUGCUAUGUUUAUUCUGUAACUGAUGCAAGUCUGUGAGUUACCCAUGUGCGGGUAAACGUACUCACACACACACACGCCUGCACACACACACACACACACACACACACACACACACACACACACACACACACACACACACACACACACACACACACACUGUCACUAACAGCUUAUCCCAUAUCUAAUAAAUCAAGGUUUAUUUGCCCAUUUCAUCAGGGAGAACCUGUCCCAAGAAAUUUCUGUUAUAGACAGUAUAUCAACACCAAAGCACAGAAUGUUAAAUGUCAUUUGUAUCCUCUUGACACACAGUGUAACCAAACAAAAGCUUAGUCUGAAAGAUACAAGCCAGAUUUAUAGCUUGAGCACUAAGGAUCCCAAUUGGGAGUUUAAAAUAUAAGGAUAUUUCAACACAGUUUGCACAGCUGUAAAAUUAUUCUAAGGUUAUAGUUCAGGAAUGUAAAGACUGUUCAUUACAAUGAGGCAUGGGACAACUUUCAGAAUUCAGAGUGUGUUCUUUCUUUGUUGCACAGCCCUAGAUUUAAAAACAAAAAAAAUAAUAAAAAAAUAAAUAAAAAAAUACUGUCAGUUCCGUUAAAAAUAAGAGGCAGUAGGUGAUUCAAAAGGUGCUAAACAUUUUACCUAAAAUAUAUAUUGUCUGGAUAAUGACUGUUUUUUCAUUUCUCCUAGCUGAGUUAAAAAGAAAAAAAACAGAAGCACUAUUAUUUUACUCAUAUAUUAUGAAACAAAAAAGGCAUUUUAACUUUGUACUUGAAGAGAAAAAAAGCUAAAUGACAGAUGAUUUCAUGUGUUUUAGCCUAGGCAUUGAAGUAGAUGGUGCUUUAACUAUUUGUGGGAAUCAUGUAUUCAUACUGAAGAAGCAGAAUGUAGACAUUUGGUAAUAACUUUUACUGUUACAUGCGUACUUUGCUCGAUCCCUGGCAGCAGUGUAUUUUUAAUCCACAUUCCAUGCAGCAAAGCAGUAUUUUCUUUUCUUUUUUUCCUGUAUCAUUUUUUGGGGUUUUAUAGCACUGUACAAUUGUCACUUUUAGCAUUGCUUAUAUUUAUUGACAUUAAAAAAUGUGCAUUUCACAAUAUGGUUCUUCUUCAGAAGCAUCACAGUGAGGUCAUUGUCCACCUCCUAAGAUGAUAAUACUGUAUUUCUGUGUAAUUAUUGCUCGUGACAUAGCUGUAUAUGACAAUGAAAAAGGUCAGUGCGUGCAGCAAAUGUAGCAGUCUGUCAGUCAGUCAUUCAGUCAGUUCAGCUUCACCCCAUUCUCAGUACCCAGAAAACAAUGCUCCUUUCUUAUGUACUUGUGCUGGAGAACACUUGAAUAAAUGUACUGUUUUUGUGCAAAAGAAAA